UGGAGCUCAGUCGUGACUGGUGGUAUACGGUCCUUAUCGUAGCUUCCCCUCUCCUCCACAUCCAACCUCCCCAACCUCACCAACCCAUUCGUUCUACAAGAAUACCGUCUAGUCUCGGUUCUCAAGUACAUUUAGCAAUACCAUCCAGGACGUCCAUUCAUCGCCGUCGACUACCGUUCAAUCAUCACCAUCACCAUGACUAUCCAGACUGGACUCGACUAUAUCCGCUCCCGCUCCAUCGUCGACUGCGACACCCUGGACGAAGAAGUUGCCAAAACCCUCGGUCCUUUUCAAGACUGCACCUCCAAUCAGGCCAUCGCCUACAAUGAACUCUGCAAACCCAAGCAUACCGAGCUCAUCCAGGCCUCUCUUGCCAAAUCCCAAUCCAUCAUCCAAGAUUUUCCCGGCCUUACCGUCGAAGAACUCGCCAUCGAGAUAGCAAUGCUUUCUCUCUCCGUGAAGAUCGCUCCCCAUAUCACGGGCUACAUCCACGUCCAAACAAAUCCUUACUACUCCUACUCAACCCAAAAGACUGUCCAGAAUGCCCUGCGCUUGGUCAGAUUAUUAACCGACCACAUCACUCCCUCUGAUUAUCAAUCCCGCAUCUGCAUCAAAAUCCCCAGCACCUGGGAAGGCCUCAAGGCCUGCGAGUUCCUUGAGAAAGUGGGGGUACGAACCCUUGCUACAACACUCUUUACCAUUUCCCAAGCAGUCCUAGCAGCAGAAGUAGGCUGCACAUACAUCGCACCAUACGUGAAUCAACUGAAAGUGCAUUUUGACUCGGACUUCCAAGAUCCCGCCCCCCUCCUCCCCGUCUGCGCCGCCAUACAAGAAAUCUACACCACCAUCGGCACCAAAACCCAAGUCCUUCCUGCGAGUCUCACCUCUACAACCGAGAUCUACGCUCUCGCAGGAGUCCACCACAUCACCAUCGCGCCAAAGCUACUAGAAGAGCUCGCAAAGCAGUCGUUGGAAGACGGAGUCCCUGUUCCAUCACUAUUUGAGACCUCGAUACGAAGUACCUAUGAAGUGCCAAAGGAACCUAUGUCAUUUUUGAAUGAUGAAUCCGGGUACCAGAUUGCGUUCACAAGAGAAGGUAAGGGAGCGAGUCAGGAGAAACUAAUCCAGGCUAUAAAUAUCUUCUGUGACAUGCAGGAUAAGCUGGUUGGGCUCUUUAAGAAGAAUUUGAAAUCCACGCUGUCAUAGACAUAGCUGGGUAUCCUCAACAAUACAUAGCCUUCAGGUCAUCCGGGCACUAUCUUACAUUGGUUGUGCAUGUUAUGCCAACAUAUCUGCUCUGUCUGAUUGAACAAACAUAAUUGUAGUAGGAUUAUAUUGCCAUGGACAUAUAAUACCGCCACAAUACCUGACAACGUUGC